CCUCAGUCACAGGUAUAGAGAAGCCUUGUAACUGGCAGCCCAUGUAUCUAGUUUGGCCCAGGUUUAGCCCCCUUCUCUUCCAUCGGAAGUCAUAGGUUGUAGCAGUGGCUGGUUUCUCCAUCUUUCAUGAUCAUAAGCUCUAAGCUCCAUCAGAGAAGAAUAUUACAAUAGUAAAGAGGAGAAGCAUCAAGCAGACUCGCAAUAUCAUAUUUUAGAAAUGGAAUCGGAGACUCGAUUGGUGCGAAUCUGCAUCGAGGCAGCGUGUGAAACUAGAGAAUCUGUGGAGAAAUGGAGGAGGCAACGACGGACUCUCGAGCGCAUUCCUUCCCUUCUUGCCGAUGCUAUCCUUCGCCGCCUCAUCCAUCGCGGCCUUCUUUUCCCUUCUUUGCUCGAAGUUUUCAAACAUAGCGUGGAGGUGGUUGAUCUGAGAGGUGAAAACGCUGUGGAUGCAGAGUGGAUAGCAUAUUUGGGAGCGUUUCGUUGCUUGAGCUCCUUGAAUCUUGCCGAUUGCCAUAGAAUCAAUAGCUCGGCGCUUUGGGCUUUAACUGGGAUGACUAGUUUGAGGGAAUUGGAUCUUUCCAGAUGUGCCAAGGUUACUGAUGCUGGCAUUAAGCAUCUUCUAUCAAUUUCAACAUUGGAAGUACUCCGUAUUUCAGAAACUGGGCUAACAGCAAAUGGGGUUACACUUAUAUCCGCGCUUAGAAAUUUAUCUGUCUUGGACUUGGGUGGCUUACCUGUCACUGAUGCAGCACUGAGUUCUCUCCAGGUGCUGAAAAAGCUAGAGUACCUUGACCUCUGGGGAAGUAACAUUACUAACAAAGCUACCACUGUUCUCCAACUGUUUCCAAAGCUAAGUUUUCUAAAUCUAGCUUGGACUAGCAUCACCAGGUUGCCAAAUUUGUCAUCUCUUGAAUGCUUAAACUUGAGCAACUGUGUGAUUGAGUCUGUCUCUGAAGGUGAUGGUAAUAAAGCUCCCCUAACUAAACUCGUAUAUUCUGGAACCACAUUUGCAAAUGAUGCUGAUGUGUUUUUACAUAUAGAGCCUACUUUUCUUUCUUUUUUGGAUGUAUCUAAUUCAUCCCUUCAGAGAUUCUACUUCUUGACUUGCAUGAAAAUGCUGGAACACUUGGAUCUUAGCUCUAGCAUGAUCGGAGAUGAUUCAGUUGAAUUCAUUGCGUGUAUUGGAUCCACUUUAAGAAAUUUAAACCUCUGCAAAACGAGAGUCACCACUGCUGGAGUAGAAAUUUUAGCUCAACAUGUCCCCAAUCUUGAAUUUUUAUCAUUAUCUCAUACUCCAAUUGAUGAUUUGGCUAUCUCGUAUAUUGGAACGAUACCUUCACUCAAGGUUGUUGACUUGAGCAAUACAAACAUCACAGGUUUCAUUCACCAGGUGGGGGAAGAGGCAAAUUUGAUUCCUUCUCUGACAGCUUUGCAAAGGCUCAAUUGUUUGCAGAGUUUGAAUCUGGAGCAUACCCAAGUCAGGGAUGUGGCCCUAGACGCUAUAUCAAGUUUCCAAGAGUUGAGCCACUUAUCUCUUAAAAGUGCUUCCCUUACAGAUGUAGCGCUUCACCAUUUGUCACCUUUGUCAAAGCUGACAAAUCUGGCCUUUUGUGAUGCUGUGUUGACAAAUUCUGCGCUGGAUUUAUUCAUACCCCCAGUAUAUCUAAAAAUGUUGGACCUCAGAGGUUGUUGGCUCUUGACCGAGGACGCCAUCUCGUCAUUCUGUAAGAAACAUCCGCUUAUUAAAGUGAAGCAUGAACUCCUUGAUGUGUCUCCAUCAGAACAAAGUAGCUGUAACCGUUCUUCUCCAUCACGAAUUCUUUUGAGACCUUCACAAAUGAACGGAAAGCAGGGAAAGAUGCCCUUGUCUCCGUAUUUCAUAGCAGAUCAAAGGCUGAAGUAUAGCAGAGAGGAGUUACUUUCAUUGCAAUGUCAAGCUUCUUCGCAUGGCUCUAGUGAUGCCUGAGACGCAACAUGAUGAAAAGGAAAUAAUUUUAUGGUUUUUUACAUUUGUUGUUAAAAUUUUUAAUUUUGGAUAAAAAUUUUAAUUUUUAAAUUUUUUUUAUUAUAGUAACUUUUUAAAUUAA